CGUGUACUCUGCCAUUGCAUUAUCAAAGUGGAUAAUUAGAUAGGUCCUAUGCGGUGACACAGUUACAGGUGUGCCCGAGAAAAACUACGAGGGUUGACGAAGGUCACAGUCAAGAUGGACAAUAGGCAGCGGCUCUCGUGAGUGAGAGCUGGAAAAGGCCGACGGAGAUCUGACCGGCACUAUCCUCGUCGCCUUUCCAUCUUCCUUCUUCCCGCCUUCUCUCCCCUCCUGGUCUUCCUAGUCUUCCUAUGUUCCUAGUCUCCCUAGUCUUCCCCAACCUACCCCAAACCCGCCCCCGGCGUGCGGUUGGCAUGGCCGGAUUUGGGCAAGCUGCCGCCCACUUCACGACCUUGUUCGACCGCCGCCGCUCGCCAGGUCUCCUCCCCACGCAUCUCCAUGUUCAUCCCCAUACUGGUACCCACCAUCCCAAGCCACCCUUGCUUAGUUUCGUAACAAGGACACCAUCCGUUCAUUCCUUCCCCUCGUAAUUUUUUCACGAUGGUGGAACGGAAGUUGAGCGAUUGGCCAGUCGUCGGAGACCAUCCACCCCGACAUCCUCUACCCUUCUUUUCCCAUGGGGUCGCAUUGGCCGCUGGCUGUCAUCUCUUUCUCUUGGGCGGGGACGGGUGAGAUAGGUCGGGUUGGUCCACGCGAAGAUGGGAUCUAGUGUGAUGUAGAACGAGGGAGGUAUGGAUCUACGUGUGCCCUCCUCCUCCUUCUCUCCUCAGAUCUAAGUAUUAAUAGGAACCACUCCUUUCCCUUCCUCGCAUUCCUUGUUCCUCAACCGUCGUGUUCAUACCCCAAAGCCCACGCACCUCCUCCCACACCUUUCUUGUUCAUCUUGGAUAUCCCGUGCGAGCAAAUCAAAUACCAUCAACAUGGCAGGCGGUGGUGUCAAGAAGCCCAUCAACAUCUUCAAGUUGGGCGACCUCGGUGAACCCGAGGGCGUCUUCAACUGGCGGCUAUGGUUCGCUGUCAUCUCCUUCGGCCUCAUGGGCGCGGCCCGUGGUGUCGAUGAGGGUCUCAUCUCUGGCGCUUUCGGUUCCAAGGAUUUCCAAAAGUUCAUUCACUACGAUCAAUACAGCGCUGCCGAGAAGACCAACAUCAAGGCCAACGUCUCUGCCAUGGUUCAGCUCGGUUCCGUCGCUGGUGCUCUCUUUGCCUUCGUCAUUUGCGAUAAGAUCGGCCGUAUCUGGGCUACCCGUCAACUCUGCGUCAUCUGGAUCAUCGGUAUUGCCAUCUUCAUGGCCAACAACGGACACCUCGGUGCUGUCUAUGCUGGUCGUUUCAUUGCCGGUCUCGGUGUCGGCCAGACACCCGUCGUCGGCCCCGUCUACCUCGCCGAGAUUGCACCGGCCUCCGUCCGUGGUCUCUGCACCUGUGUCUUCACCGGCUUCGUCUACCUCGGUAUCGUGCUCGCCUACUUCACAAACUACGGAUGCCAGAUUCACCUUGGCGACACCACCCACAACCGCUGGCUCGUACCCACCUCCUUGCAUAUCAUGUUCGCUGGUAUCAUCUUCAUCUUGACCUUCUUCCAAUUCGAGUCACCCCGCUUCCUCGUCAAGCAGGGCAAGAUUGAGGAGGCCACCGAAACCAUGGCUCACCUCCGUCACCUCCCCGUCGACCACGAGUAUGUCACCCGUGAGAUCUACGCCAUCCAGCACUCUCACCAGGAAGAGCUCGAGGCCACCAAGGGUACCACCUGGUUCGGAAAGGUCAAGGAGCUCUUCCUCGUCCCCAGCAACUUGUACCGUCUCUACCUCACCACCAUGGUCCAGUUCCUCUCCCAGUGGUCCGGCGCCGGCUCCAUCACCCUCUACGCUCCCGAUCUCUUCAAGAUCCUCGGUAUCGAGGGCCAGAACGAGUCCCUUCUCAUCACCGCCGUCUUCGGUGUCGUCAAGCUCGUCGCUGCUGUCGGCUGUGCGCUGUUCUUGGUCGACGUCAUCGGUCGCAAGCGCGCUCUGCUUACGGGUAUCACCUUGCAAGCCAUUGCCAUGGUCUACAUUGCUUCCUUCCUCACCCACGUGCCCAAGCUUGGUGUCGACGAGUCCUUUGAGCUCCCCCACAACCUGGUCGGCGUCAGCAAGGGUGCCAUCGCCAUGAUCUACGUCUCCGGCUUCGGUUGGGCUCUUGGCUGGAACUCCAUGCAGUACCUCCUCACCGCUGAGCUGUUCCCCCUCCGUGUCCGCGCCCUCGCCACCUCGUGGGCCAUGACUCUUCACUUCGCCAACCAGUACGGCAACUCCCGUGCCGUUCCCAACAUGCUGGCAUCCACCUCCGUCGGUGGAAUCUCGCCCAUGGGUACCUUCUGGUCGUUCGCCGCUAUCACCCUCAUCGGUGGUGCCUGGGUUUGGUUCUUCGUUCCUGAGACUUCUGGCCGUGCUCUCGAGGAUAUGGACCGCCUCUUUGAGCUUCCCUGGUACAGAAUUGGUCUCCACGGUAACGCUGAUGCCGAGGCGAGAGAUGUUGUGUACAACGAGAAGCAGGAGGCUGCUGAGGGUGUCCAGGGAAUGUCUGAGCACGCCGAGAAGAAGCCUGCUCAGGUCUAAAACAAGAUGUGUAUGAAAGAAGCCCAAGAGGUUUCUAAUGGUUGAAAAGGGUAUCUAAUGAAUGCAAUAUACCCAAUAAUGACAUGAAUACAAUUCUACCCUUUCGUGGUUUACCACUCAAAUCAUGUUCCUCUUGUGAUAAUGUGUCUUCUCUGGUCAAUGUCGUGUUUGUAGCUCAUCGCAUAUGUUGGCUUACAUUCAAUCAACGCUUGAACUUUG